AUGAAUUUCCGCACUACCAAAGAAGAAUCAGGUAUUCACCCAUCGCUUUCUUACUGUGCAACACUUUACAUUACUGGUGGUCAAGAUUUUAAUUCUUUUAUCAUAUUGAAGCGCCUGAUACAUAGGUGUUUGGUACUCUUACUUGUUGCCGCGUUCAGUGCAAUUCAUUUGACGUGUAUAUUUCUGUCAAAUAUGCUUGCCUCCGGUACGGGAACCGGAGGAAGUAGUACACCUGAUUCGAAUGAAUUUGUUCGAGGCACAAGUCCAGAAUUUACAGAUGAAUUAGGUGAACUUGUUCCAGUGAUUGAUUCUAUACAUUUAGUUCCAUAUAAAAAAAGCUCUUUAGUUGGUUCCUCAUCACCUUUUGAUCCGAAAAAGGCUAAAGUUACUGUUCAACGUCCUGGUGAUCAAAAAGCUUAUCAAUGUGGUCCACAUGCUAGAAAAACAAAGAAAACAGAUUCGGAUGCUAUUAAGGAGAUCAAUCGUUGUCGUGAGGAGAAUACCACACGUUUAGAUUUAUCCAAGGGUCAAUUACACUUUCUACCUUCAUCAAUACGAGAUGUUGCACCUCAUUUAAAAGAACUUUAUCUAUAUUGUAAUAAAUUAGUCAGUUUACCAAAUGAAAUUGGUACAUUGUUUACAUUGGAAAUAUUAAUGGUACAAGAGAAUUCAUUGAGUGAUUUACCAGAAACACUGGCUCAGUGUACACAGUUACGUGUACUCGAUAUAAGACAUAAUAAACUAUGCGAAAUUCCAAGAGUUGUUUAUAAAUUAUACAAUUUAACACAUUUAUUUCUACGCUUCAAUCGAAUCCGUGUGGUGGAUGAAGAUAUCAAAUAUUUAACUAAACUUCAAGUCCUCAGUCUACGAGAGAAUAAAAUUCAUACCCUCCCAGCUAAACCUGGUAUUGGCCAGUUAACGCAUUUGAUUACACUAGAUGUUUCUCAUAAUCAUUUGGAACAAUUAUCUGAAAAAAUUGGUCAAUGUCAAAAAUUAUGUACCUUAAGUCUACAACAUAAUGAAUUGCGUUCAUUACCAAAUACAAUUGGUGAUUUAAAAAUGCUGGAAAAUAUUGGCUUAAGGUAUAAUCAUCUAGAAUCCUUGCCAGAAUCACUGGCGCGUUGUACAAAUCUGUUAGAAUUAAAUAUUGAAGGCAAUAAUAUUUGGCAGUUACCGGAGGGAUUAUUAACACAUUUGAAAAAAAUUUCCUGUGUAACAUUGUCAAGAAAUUAUUUUAAUAUUUUCCCAUCUGGCGGCCCUCAACAAUUCACAUCUAUUCAAUCUCUUAAUAUGGAGCAUAAUCAGAUAACUCGGAUACCAUUUGGCAUAUUUUCACGUGCAUCAAAUUUAACUAAACUAAAUAUGAAAGAUAAUCAAAUCAGUGCUUUUCCACCUGAUAUUAAAAGUUGGACCAGUUUAGUUGAAUUGAAUGUAGGCACAAAUCAGUUAACCAAACUUCCGGACGAUAUAGAACAUCUAGUCAAUUUGGAAGUAUUAAUACUUAGUAACAAUCAGCUGAAACAUAUUCCGGUAACUAUUAGAGAAUUGCAAAAAUUACAAGUUCUUGACUUGGAGGAAAAUCAUUUAGAAAGUUUACCUCCAGAAAUCGGUUAUUUAGGUGAACUUCAACGAUUGGUUGUUCAGUCAAACAGGCUAGUCAGUUUACCCAGGGAAAUCGGUCGUUUACAAAACCUGAUAUAUUUGGCUGUAGGUGAAAAUGAUAUACAAAGUAUACCAAAUGAAAUAGGUGAUUUACAAAAAUUAGAAACACUAUACUUAAAUAACAACUUAAAUUUACACGAUCUACCUGCUGAACUGGCUAUGUGUUGUAGUCUACAAAUGAUGUCUAUAGAAAAUUGCCCAUUAACUCAAAUUCCUGUUGAAGUUGUAACUGGUGGUCCCUCACUUGUGAUUCAAUAUCUCCGUCUACAAGGUUCUUUCAGUCACAUCUAA